GUGAGGUGGGGGGGAAGCAAAUGUAGUGAGCAAACUGUCAUAAAACCACGGUCUGGUGUGACUGGCACAUGCAGGUAUCCUUCAGUAAGAGGCAUAAAAGUCCACGCCAGGAUUCACAGGGCUGGAAUGAAGUCAUUGCCAAGCAUUUGCUGCCGGAUGCCUUCCCCGGGUCUAGCUCUUUAACGGCUCUUAAUGGGCCAAAACGGGGAGGCUGCGAGGAGGAGGCUGAAGUGAAGCCCUAAUUGUGAGGCAGAGCUUCAGAACCCCGUCCAAGCACUGAGCUUUGUGUUACAGGUGGAUGAGAGGAGCAGGAGAGGUGGCAUUUCUGCGAGACCACGUUUGGCUGGCACCACCUCAGGGAGGAUCGCUUUGGGGGCAGAGAUGCUGGAGGAGAGGAAUAUUCAGGAGAGUUCCAAGGUUUUGAAGUUUCUUCUCUGGGGGACUUCGAGCCCACUAGGAACCCCAGGCUACUGUUCACUCUCCAGCAUCACCUUUAUCCUUCUUUUAAGAUGUUAAAAUGUUAGUUUGGGGUGUCUGGGGGUGGAAUUUGGAUGCUAGGCUGGCUCCUCUUCCUGCUUCCCCCGUGGUGAUGGGCACCAGGGCUGUGUGCACAUAGCACGGGUGAUGGCGACCACAAAGCAGGAGGGGGAAAAAAAGAAACCACACGCCCAGGAGGGGAAAAUAAUCAAGGUGAGGGGAAGGAAAAAAACCAACUUGUCCUCUUAUAACAUAAAAGCCCUCCUCCCCUAGAAAGAAAUAAAAGCCAGAGUGAAAUGAAGGUAAAUGCCAGAGGUUUAAGUACCACGCUGCCGAGUGUGUUUUAAAGGUUACCUUUCAGGGGGUUGAAGAGGGAGCGAGAGAGAGACAGAAAGGGAAGGAGUUGGAGCACUUCCCAUUGCGAGGGCCACUCCAGCUCUUAAUGGAUUUUUAUGUCCCUGUCUGUUUUUUGUGACAUUAUUAAAAUUGCUUAUUUUUAAUUUUUUUUUCUCCCCCACUUUCUUCAUCUGGGGGAAGGGGUCGGAGGGGGGAGCAGGAGGGACAAACUCUGUUGCCAUGGCAAUCUCCAGCUGCACGGUGCACAUCUGCAUGGCUGAUUGGGUGCAAAAAGGAAGUUUUCGGGUCGUUUUUGUCUUAAGUGUGUGUAUGUGUGUGUGUGUGCACGCCAGGACAAAAGUCCUAGGGCUUAAUUACAGGCAUGGGAAGGUGACAUUUCCAGUGCUUACCUGAUGAAGAUGAAGAAAUGAGGAGCCUGAAGGAAGGAAUCCCAGCAUAAAAUACCCUGGAAACACUUGGGAAGAAGUGGCAAAACAAGACGUUAUUGGGAAUACUUGGGACUGCCACAGAAGUCACGGAGCAGCCAAGCAGUGGCAGGACUGGAAAGCUGCAGAACCAGGCUGGGCAAACAAACACCGGGAAGGUGGAGGAAGAUCUCCCGUUCUCCCUAACAUUCCUAGCAAAGAGUGGAGAGCCAGGGAAAAGCCACUGUAGGACCCACUCCUGCCAUAGGACCCCCCCGUCAAGGAUUCUAUGGCUUCAGCCAGGCAGAAGACCAGGAAACGUGACUGGAGCUGCAUCACAAACAGAAAUGCACCGGGAUGUGUGGCUGGAGACCCUGACCCCUCCACCUCUGACCUUCCCAAAUCCAGCCUCUCUGGCAGGGCUGGAGUACAGCGACGUGCUGCCCGACUCCUUCCCCUCAGCGCCGGCUGAGACCCUCCCUCACUUCCUGCUGGAGCCACAGGACGCCUACAUCGUGAAGAACAAGCCCGUGGAGCUCGUGUGCCGCGCCAACCCUGCCACCCAGAUCUACUUCAAGUGCAACGGGGAGUGGGUCAACCAGAACGACCACGUCACCAAGGAGAGCCUGGACGAGGUCACCGGGAUGCUGGUGCGGGAGGUGCAGAUCGAGGUGUCCCGGCAGCAGGUGGAGGAGCUCUUUGGCUUGGAGGAUUACUGGUGCCAGUGCGUGGCCUGGAGCUCGGCGGGCACCACCAAGAGCCGCCGCGCCUACGUCCGCAUAGCGUACCUACGAAAGAACUUUGACCAGGAGCCGCUGGGCAAGGAGGUCCCGCUGGAACAGGAGGUCCUGCUGCAGUGCCGCCCGCCCGAGGGAGUCCCACAGGCUGAGGUGGAGUGGCUGAGGAACGAGGACGUCAUCGACCCCUCCCAGGACACCAACUUCCUGAUCACCAUCGACCACAACCUCAUCAUCAAGCAGGCUCGGCUCCUGGACACCGCUAAUUACACCUGCAUGGCCAAGAACAUCGUGGCCAAGCGCCGGAGCACCACGGCCGCUGUCAUCGUCUACGUGAAUGGUGGCUGGUCCACCUGGUCUGAGUGGUCUCCCUGCAACAACCGCUGUGGCCGGGGCUGGCAGAAGCGCACCCGGACCUGCACCAACCCCGCGCCGCUGAACGGCGGCUCCUUCUGCGACGGGCAGCCUUUCCAGAAAAUCACCUGCACCACCCUCUGCCCAGUGGACGGCGCGUGGACGGAGUGGAGCAAGUGGUCAGCGUGCAGCACCGAGUGCACGCACUGGCGCAGCCGCGAGUGCGCCGCCCCGGCCCCCCGCAACGGCGGCAAGGACUGCAGCGGGGGGCUCCUGGACUCCAAAAACUGCACUGACGGGCUCUGCCUGCAGAAUAAAAGAGUUCUAAGCGAACCCAAAAGCCACCUGCUGGAGGCCACAGGCGACGUGGCCCUGUACGCCGGGCUGGUGGUGGCCAUUUUCGUCUUCAUCGUGAUCCUCAUGGCUGUGGGGGUGGUGGUGUACCGGAGGAGAUGCCGGGAUUUCGACACGGACAUCACGGACUCGUCGGCCGCUCUCACCGGAGGAUUCCACCCUGUCAACUUCAAGACCUCCCGGCACGACAACCCCCAGCUGCUGCACCCCUCGAUGCAGCCGGACCUGACGGCCAGCGCGGGGCUGUACCGCGGCCCCAUGUACGCCCUGCAGGACUCCUCCGACAAGAUCCCCAUGACCAACUCGCCCCUGCUGGACCCCCUGCCCAACCUCAAGAUCAAGGUGUACAACUCCUCCACCGCCUCCUCCUCGCCGGGGCUGCACGACGGCACGGACCUGCUGGGGGGAGUCCCCGCCACCGGCACCUACCCGGGGGACGCCGCCAGGGAGGGGCACUUUGGGAACGUGAGGAGCAAAGCCCUGGGCUCCCAGCACCUCCUGGGCUUGCCCCGGGAGCACGGCUACAGCGCCAGCGGCACGUUUGGCUACCUGGGGGGAAGGCUCACCGUGCCAGGCACUGGGGUGAGCCUGCUGGUGCCCCACGGGGCCAUCCCCCAGGGGAAGUUCUACGAGAUGUACCUGGUCCUCAACAAGGCGGAGAGUGCCCUCCUGCCCUCCGAGGGCACGCAGACGGUGCUGAGCCCGGCAGUGACCUGUGGACCCACUGGCUUGCUCCUGUGCCGCCCCGUCGUCCUGACCAUUCCCCACUGCGCCGACGUCGGCUCCUCGGAUUGGAUCUACCAGCUGAAAACGCAGUCCCACCAGGGAAACUGGGAGGAAGUUGUGACCCUGGAUGAGGAGACCCUCAACACUCCCUGCUACUGCCAGCUGGAAGCCAAGUCCUGCCACAUCUUGCUAGACCAGCUGGGCACCUACGUCUUCGUGGGAGAGUCCUACUCCAGGUCAGCCAUCAAGAGGCUCCAGCUGGCCAUCUUUGCCCCCAUGGUUUGCACCUCCCUGGAGUACAGCCUCAAGGUCUACUGCUUGGAGGACACGCCAGAUGCUCUGAAGGAGGUGCUGGAGCUGGAGAGGACACUGGGAGGGUACCUGCUGGAGGAGCCCAAGCCCCUGCCCUUCAAGGACAGCUACCAUAACCUGCGUCUCUCCAUCCACGACAUCCCCCACGCCCUGUGGAGGAGCAAGCUGCUGGCCAAGUACCAGGAAAUCCCCUUCUAUCACAUCUGGAGCGGCAGCCAGCGAGCCCUGCACUGCACCUUCACCCUGGAGAGGUACAGCCAGGCCUCCACCGAGCUCACCUGCAAGAUCUGCGUCCGGCAGGUGGAAGGGGAAGGGCAGAUCUUCCAGCUGCACAUCACGCUGGGAGAGCACUCCAGCUCCUUCGACACCCUCCGCUCCCACCACAGUGGUGCCGCCCCCACCACCCAGGUGGGACCCUACGCCUUCAAAAUCCCCCUCUCCAUCCGGCAGAAGAUCUGCAACAGCCUGGAUGCUCCCAGCUCCAGGGGAAAUGACUGGAGACUUCUCGCCCAGAAGCUCUCCAUGGACCGGUAUCUGAACUACUUUGCCACCAAAGCCAGCCCCACCGGGGUGCUCCUGGACUUAUGGGAAGCCGAGCACCAGGACGACGGUGACCUCAACACCCUGGCCAGUGCCUUAGAGGAGAUGGGCAAGAGCGAGAUGCUGGUGGUCAUGGCCACGGAGGGGGACUGCUGAUGAUGCUCCCACGGCUGGUGGACCAGGAGGACGAAACGGGGGGUGAGGAGUGGUCCUUCCCCGACGGCUGGGGUGGGACACGUGUCCAUCCUGAGCGAGGAAGGGCGGAGGCCACCGCUCCUGCUCCCUCCCCACAUUCACUGUCAGCCUUAGAGACCCGCCCUCAGCGUUUACAAGCAAUCCAAGUGUUACGCAGCGUUCCUCUUCCUCCUCCUCAUGGCACGGGGAGGAAUUAGGGCUUCUUGAGUCGGGAUGGGGGCUUUCCUUUUCCUUCUUCUUUUGGGUUCCCCUCCUCCUCCUUUAAUAGCAUUUCUGCGUUGAAGAGACGAGUUCAAUCCAGGCGAAUGGCUUAACUCCUGUCAAAGGCUUCAGGCAGCUUAGCGAGGCAAAUAAGAAAGAAAAAAAAAGGAAAAAAAAAAAAGUUUCUUAGGAAACGCAAAUAAUUUAUUAUCCAGAUCUUUGGAUGUGUCCUUUUUAAAAAAAGAAAAGAUUAAAAAAAAAAAAAAAGAAAAAAAAAGGCAGAUUUAUUAAUUUUUUUUUUUGGUGCGUGAGAGCAAGAGCGUUGCUGUGGUGGGGGUGGCAGAGAGAGAGAUUUCAAUGGACACACUUUUGUAGGGAAAAGCGUGUGAUCCAAGUCAAGCAAAACAUGUUUACAUGUCCUGGGACCCCUGGGGAGUCCGUAGGGUGAAGUGCCUCUCUGCCCCUCUGGUUCAGGGCCAGCUUCCCAAGGUUUUUUUUUUUUUCCUUGCAAACUCCCCUUUCCCUGGCAGCGGUGCCCAGCGGAUCGAGGGACUCCCUUCCACCUGUGAGGAGGGAUGAGGGAUGCUGCCCUGUACUUGGGGUUCAGGGUGGGGAGUGUGCAUCCAGAUAUGGGUAUUUUUAAUGAAUUCUUCCCUGGCAUUGUUUGGGGGAGCUUUUUAGGAUGACUGCGCCUUCAUUUGCGUUAACUACAGUACAAACCAAAGAUUUCGGUCCUGCACCAACCUCCAGACCCGGAGGCCAAAGUGGUGGGUGCUUUAAACCCAGCAGGAUGUUGCAGUGAACACUCCAAACCUGGGCCCGGGGGUCAGAGGGAGGUGAGGAGUGACUUGGGGAAGGAUCCAGGGAGAGCAGGGGGCUCAUGCGCUGGGAUGUGGCCUCACCUCGGGUCCAUGUGCUCAUGCCUGGUUUUUGAUGCAGUAUUUCAGCAGGGAUUCAGGGAGGGAUACCUCAGCAUCCCCAAGUUGUGAGCCAGGCUGAGCAUUUCCACGUGAGAGAGACGGCAUCGUGAGCAGCGAUCAGGUUUCCAUCCCUCAUUGCAGCUCCUGUUUUUCCCUUUAACAGGCUUUUUAUAACGGUGGGGAAGUUGUGGUGUGAAUGGAAGGUAAUCAAGGGGUAGGCAGGAACCAGGUUCCUCACACGGAUACGGUGUCUUGAUGAAGGUAAAAAUUUAGGUUGCCUGCAGAUAGAAAUAGUUACUCAGCGAGUGCUGUAUCUUAGAAAUUUGUCUGUUUUAAAGAAAAAAAAUUAUAGGAAGGGGGUGGUAAGCUCAGGAUUAGGCUAGGCCACACGGCAAGGCUCUGGAUUCUCCGUCAGUGGAAGUAUUAGGAGCAGGUCCUGCUUUGGGCUGUGACGUGCAGUGUCCUGCCUGCAGAGCCCUGGCCCGGUGCCACGGGGUGCCUGUGUCGUCCCACAGUGUGCUGGGGACUGGAGCACACUCAGGGAGCCCUGGAGAGCAUCACCUGCACAGGGCAGCUCGGGGAGAGCUUUCAGUAUUGCUGGGGCACAGUAGGAUUCCUCUGGGCAGUGAUGGAACACGCAGAGCCACUCCCUGUUGCGUUUCGGGGUCUCUGGGCUUGUUGCUGGGUUUUCAAGGCUGUGGGAGAGAAGGGAUCUUUUCCACCUGUGCCAGAUGGGAAGACUGCUGCUGGGCGAGCUCCUGUGUCACAUGGGAAGGGUUAUAUCCGUCCUGUAGCUUGCAUCUGAGCGUUUCUGAGACCCCCAUCUCUGAGCUAAGGAGGAAUAAGCAAAUUCAGAAAGAAAUGAAGACUUGAUGGAUCAAACCAACUGCUGGUGGUUUAGAGGGCUCCUUUCUCGGUUCCCCGGUGUUCUCUUGUGAGAUGAGAUGCUCCUUCAGGUCGCCUCUGAAUCUCUCUCGCUCCCAUUCUCGCUGUCUCUCGUUGAUGGAUCACUGCACCGGCACGUUUGUCUGUCCAUCUGUCCAUCCAUCCGUCCCGCCAGCGGGUGCCUCUGUCUCCAUCCCCAUCCGCUGCGUUCAUCUUCCCUUUCCCUUUGGCAGGCAGCAGCCACCCGGCCCGGCUGUGCUUGGGGAGGUUCUCCCCAUUUUCCACACCAGGGAACCUGUGUUGGCAGUGGGAUGGGAGGGAGGCAGGGUUUGCCUCCCACCCCGGCCCCCCCGAGCACCUGUGCCUCUCUUCCAUGGGUGCAGCUCCCAGGAGCCCUCCACGCCUCCCUCCACACCCAGGGGGUUUCUCCCACCAGGCCUUUUGGCAAGGGCAGCCCUGAGGUCCGUGUUGUGCUGGCAGUGUCCAUCUCUUGCUCCGCAGUCUGUUUUCAUAUUUAUGUGUCCAGGGGAUGGGCCUGGUGGCAUCCUCUGAAACCGCGUCUGUUUAUUCUGUAAACUAAAGAAGUGUAAAUAAAGUUUAGCAUUCCUAUUGUAACAAAUUAAUUUUUAUGCAAUAAAUUAUAUUUCCUAGUCUAAUUAA